AAGCCAGACGCUUUUCAACGCUGAUCCCAGCACAACCGCACACAUCUUGAAAGACAAAUUGGAAAUCGAUAAUGUCGUUUAAACUUUUGAUCUUUGCCUCCUUGAUGGCUGUCGCGAUGGCCAAUAGAUCCCCUUCCAAACUAGGCUAUCCGGUACCCAAGUACGAAGACGUGCCCCUCUGCGCCAAGAACUCGACGAAGCCGUGGUGUCUCGAUGAUGAAGUUUACCCCAUCUACGACAUCCAAAAGGCAUUGAACAACUACUAUCAAGAAGUCUUGGCGCUCUACAAAGACCUAAAGGCCAUCACACCCAACUCGGUCGACGGAUUGAAAGACUUGUCGGAAGAAACGUAUCUCUGCCCGAGUUCUACCGCUUACGUUCAACCCAUGCGAGCUGUCAAUGUCGACGGAAAGUGGCGUGUUAUUGUCAACAAAGUCGAGUCUUACAAUUACCAGUUCACCCAGACGGCCCGCAUCGAGGAAUGUGACAUCGCCAUCGGUUCUUCUUGUCCAUUGGUCCCUACUUGCUACGACUCCAAAUGCGUCCAGAAAAACAUUUUCCACCGAUUCUUGGUCUUUGAUCCUUACGAUUAUUACUUUCCCUUCGCCAUUGAAAAUUUCCAACUACCUGCUUCUUGCGGUUGUGUUGUUGGCGCCUAUUUCCCUUAAAAAGCCAAGUGGACCCAGUUAAUUUUACAAAUAAAUGUCAUUAAUAUAUUA